AUGUAUGUUAAAUGCUAUAACAUUCAGCACUACGAGCACAAUAAUGAUGAGCGUAGGAAAUACGAGUACUUAUUCCUUAAAAUUGCAAUUUCGGGGUCGUCUACGCCCGGUGAUGCUUAUAAUCCACCGCCUUCAACCCAUGUGGUUGGUUCAUCUCGGAGUGAUGAUGUAAAUCCAACGCCACCUGUUAUGUCAUCAUCUUCAAGGCGUAACGACCACCGGUGGGAUCAUAUCGACAAUUUGGAUAGGUUUUUCACACUUGUUUACGAAUAUCAUCAAGGUGGUGGUUUCUUGACCAUUGCCGUCAAGAAAGUGCUGGGCCUAGCGCAGUUCGUCUUCGUUGUG